AUGGAAGAAGGAAAUGUGUUGGAUUCAUCAAUUAUAAAGGAUUUAUCCAAUAAUAUAUACGAGAAACGUAAAGCUACUUCAUUUCAGAUUGAAAGUUUAACUAAAUCGGCUCUAGCAAGGAAUGAUAGUCAAAUUAUUUUUAAAAUAAUCGCAGAGUUAACAGAGUUAACUAACGAUGGUACCAAUUCAGCAAAGAUGGGAGCCAUAACAGCAUUAGGUAGUGUAUCAGUUGCUCUUGGUUCUUUUGCGAUAGCGUAUUUUUUGGAAGAGAUUAUUAAACCUAUAUUCGCUACAUUCCGAGAUACAGAUGCUCGUGUUAGAUAUUAUGCCUGUGAAUCUUUAUAUAACAUAGCAAAAAUUGCAAGAGGAGAGAUAUUGCUAUACUUUAAUGAGGUUUUUGAUAUUUUAUGUAUCUUGGUAACUGAUACCGAAUCAUCUGUCAAGAAUGCUGCAGAUAUUUUGGAUAGAUUAAUUAAGGAUAUCGUAAGUGCAAAGUCUACGAAUUACGUUUCCAUUUUGCAUCAGGAUAAUAUAAUUGAGCUGGGACAAUCUAAUGAUAUUUCCUCGCAUAUUAUUGAUCCUACAGGGGUUGCAAUACAAGUUAAUCAGGUUCAAGAUACACAUAAAGCUUUUUCUUUGCCAAAGUUUAUUCCUACAUUAUUAGAACGGAUGUAUACAAUUGAUCCGUUUGCGAAGAAGUUUUUGAUCAGUUGGCUAGAAUUGUUCGAUGAUAUUCCAGCAUUGGAAUUAAUUACAUUUCUUCCUAAUUUCUUAGAGCCAUUGAUUAAAUUCUUGAUGAACACAGCUCCUUCAGAUGUUAGAAUUGAGACCCAAAAUCUUUUGAAUGUAUUUUUAAAAGAAAUUAAAGCCAUAAACAGGGUGAAAAUAGAAGCAAAAAGAAAAGCUCUAGAAAAGGAAAUUGCCAAAAAGAAGGCGGAUAAGAAAUUAAAGGACACUCAAGAGAAUACCAAUGACUCUAUUACGGCUGACGACGAGAGUCAAGAUGAAUCAUCUGGAAUUCAAAGAGAAGGUGCACAAGACGAUGCACAAGAUGAGAAUAAGGAUGACUCGUAUACUACUGAUCAAGCUUCUAUUCAGUCAAAUAGUACCACUAUAAUUAGACAACGCAAGGACGAUGAAUCUGAACAUCUACAAGAGUUAAACGAGCUAUCAGAAUUGUCUGAUAGUCAAUUUCUUAGCGGCCAAGAUAUCUUUAUUGACUAUUCGAAAAUUAUAGACAUUUUGCUAUCAUUUUUGAGAUUUCCAUUGUCGAACAGUAGUAAUAAAAAUGAUUACAAAAUAAAUGAUAUAAGUAAUGAAACUCAUGAAAUAUACUCAGAAGUCCAAUUCACAGUACUUAAAUGGUUACAGGAAAUCUUAGUGAUUUCUCCCACAAGCAUUGCCAAAUUUCUACCAGAUUGUGUCUCAAUAAACAUGAAAAAUAUUUCCAUAGCAGAUGAUAAUAAAGAUUCUGACUUGAGAAAUCAAUUUUUAAAAUUUAACUUAUCCUUACAGAACUUUUUAGUGAACUUAAACGAGAGCGGAUCGAAGGGUGAAGUGAGGGAAAAGAAAAUACCAAAAAAAGAUGCAAAGAAUAAAGAUGAGAAAAGGAAACUGGAAUCUAAAGAGAUUACUGAAUAUAAGAAGAAAAAGGAUGAAAGCACAGAAGAAGAUGGUGAUUCAGAAUACGAUAAUAUUGAUGAAAAUCUCAUUAACGGUUUAAACAAGGAUGUCUAUGAUGAAUUUUUUGAGGCUUAUUUGGGCCCAACUUUGAAAUCUAUUAUGACAGAAUGCUUGACAUGCGUGAACGAGUUAUCUAGGAUUACACUGUUAGAUUGGUUAAUUUUCUUAUACUCGCUAAACCCUUCUAGUUUCUUUAAGCCUUCAUUUAAAGGUAGUGAUGAUAAAGAUGACAAAACUUUUGACAUGUCUGCGUUAUUGCAUUCCUCUAUAGAUGCAAGCAAUGAAGUAGUUCUAAAGGUGUUACAAUUAUCAUCAAAGAUAUCGGAGACAGACCAAGAAUUUUUCAAGAAUUUCAUGAUUGAAUUAAUGCGUUUCUUUGAAGAUGAAGUACAAGAAUCAGCCACCACAAGUAAGCAAAAUCAGAUCCACGGUCCAACAGCAUCACCAUUAACGAGAUCAAAAAUUGAAUUCAUUAUUCGAAAACUAUGUGUUACCUUAACGUCUGAAAAAAUAUUCAAAACGCUAUCUGAAGUAGUUGUGUCACACGAAGAACAAAACUUGGAUUUCAUGAAUAUGAUGAUAGUAAUGUUGAAUAAUAUUCUCUUAACAACCCAAGAAUUAGCUGGUUUCCGUAAAAAAUUGAAAAACAUUGAUGUGUAUAAGGUCGAUGAUUGGCUGCUUUUUGCUACGUUAUUCCAAAGCUGGUGUCAUAAUGCCCCGAGCGCAUUGUCGUUGUGUCUUUUAACUUCCAAUUAUGAGUUGGCGUACUUAAUUAUUAAAAGCUUUUCAGAACUGGAGGUGAGUUUCCAGCUUUUGACUCAGCUUGAUAUCUUGGUCCAGUUGUUGGAAUCCCCUAUCUUCCUUAAGUUGAGAUUACAGUUGCUAGAGCCAGAAAAGCACCCUUAUUUGUACAAGACCCUCUAUGGAUUACUCAUGAUUCUUCCUCAGUCGUCCACAUUCACAACCUUGAAAAAGCGUAUAUCGUUAGUUUCUGGUGUUAAUUCGUUGAACACUCCAUCUGGAUCGUCAGGCCCAAUCACCACUCCAGUAGCAACUCCUGGGGCCACCACCACCAGCUCAUCUGUUGGAAAUCAACUUUCCAUAAAACGUAAACGCAUCCAUGAGAUGUUAGACAAGUUCACGAAAGUGCAAGAGAAGCACGAAGAGUUUCAGAUGACGAAGAAGCUAAACGAGGCUACAUUGGCAUUAAAUACCGAUAAUCCAACGAACAAACCGUACUCCAAGUCCAAUGGCCUUGACUCUUACACAUCGAAUACUAACAGAAUUUUAAGUCACGACUCGACUGUCUCCGAUAAAAAAGACUACUUCUCGCAUGACCAUUCUGUGCAAGCAGGCUCUGAUCCUAAAACUCAAAAGAGAUCAUCUAGCAAAAGGUUUGGUCUUCAUAGGUUUUAG